CAGAAAAAGGAGACAACCCAAAAUCAGAGUGUGUUUUUUGUCGUCGUUGUUGUUUUUCUGAUGAGACCAUACGCAGCCAAUUAACGAUCAACGACUCAUCAUUCCUUCGUCAAUUCUCCAUUAACAAAUAAACCACAUUGUUUAAAUUUAAACCUUUUUCUCUAUAAACAGCUCCCAAAUUUCAAAUAACCCCAAAAAAAAACUCCAAAAAUCCCUGGACUUUUUCUCCUUUUUGAAUCCAAUAACAAUUCAAGAGAUUUCCAGUCAAUCAAAAUCAAAUAUUUUCUGGGUUUUUUUUUGCUGUUUUAAAAAUUCAUUUUUUGGGUGUUUUUGCAAGUUGAAUGAAUGAUUGAUUUAGUCAUUUAGCUAGGAAAUUUCCCAAUAAUUAAUUCUCCAGACAACAGGAGAGAGAAAGUAGAGAGAGAAAUAGCAGAAAAGACUUGGUCUUUUCUUCCAUCUUCUUCCCCAAAUUACACUAUUUUAAAUAAAUACGAAGUACUAUACUAGUUUCUUCAAGCUCUCUAAAUCUCUUUCCUUUAUUGGGUUAUCUGGGUGUUAGAUCUUGAACAUCCUAAAUUUUCUCUUAAUCUAGAUUUGAACUGGGUACUUCGAAUUUCUCAUCUUUUUCAGACCCAGUUCCUCGAGCAUUGCUGAUUUCUCAAUUCCGUUGAGGCGGUGUUUAAUUCCCAUCUUGCUUAAGAGCGAAGCUAAUAUAGAUAUUGAGGAGAUAGAUAGCUCAUGUUUUGAUGCAGCUGUGAUUUAUUGAGUGAAAGAUGAAGGCAACAGAAGCCUGGGGCUUAAGUAUGCACAUUUUGCCAAUGCACCGCCAUAGACAUGUUUCAAGGAGACCAGUGUGGAUUAUAGUGUUGGUUUGCUUGGUCAGCUUAUUUGUGAUUUUUGGUUAUGUAUAUCCUCCCGAAAACCCCUCCGCUUGUUAUGUCUUUUCGCCUAGAGGCUGUAAAGGUUUCGCGGAUUGGCUUCCAUCUUAUACUAGAAGAGAAUUGACAGAUGAAGAGUUGGCAUCACAUGUUUUAGUUCAAGAAUUUUUGAGAAAUCCAUCUCAACAGACAGAAAAUCCUAAAAUUGCUUUCAUGUUCUUGACUCCUGGUUCAUUGCCUUUUGAGAAGCUCUGGGAUGUAUUCUUUUCCGGUCAUGAGGGCAAGUUCAGUGUUUAUGUGCAUGCAUCUCAACGAAAACCUGUAUAUCAAAGCAAAUAUUUCAUUGAUAGAGACAUCCAUAGUGACAAGGUUGGUUGGGGUCAAGUUUCAAUGAUAAAUGCAGAAAGACGUCUUUUGGGCAAUGCACUGCGAGAUCCUGAUAACCAGCACUUUGUAUUACUUUCUGAUAGUUGUAUACCCUUGCACAGAUUUGAGUAUGUGUACAACUAUCUGAUGUACACGAAUGUUAGUUACAUUGAUAGUUUCUUGGAUCCAGGUCCGCAUGGAAACGACAGGUACUCACCACAUAUGUUUCCCGAAAUAGAAAAGGAUGACUUCCGUAAGGGUGCACAGUGGUUCCACUUGAAACGGCAGCAUGCAAUGAUUGUAAUUUCCGAUACCCUUUACUAUUCGAAGUUUAAAAACUACUGCAGGCCAGGCUUUGAGGGACGCAAUUGCUAUUGUGAUGAGCAUUACUUACAAACUUUCUUCAAUAUUGUUGAUCCAGCGGGGAUGGCUAAUUGGUCAGUUACUCAUGUUGAUUGGUCUGAACACAAGUGGCAUCCAAAGUCCUAUAGAGCACAAGACGUCAGCUAUGAGCUCCUACAGACACUUACGUCAAUCGACGAAACUGUGCAUGAAACUAGUGAAGCACAGAAGCAAGUAAUUGUGAAGCCUUGUGUAUGGAAUGGAGUGAAGCGUCCUUGUUAUUUGUUCGCUAGGAAAUUUUACCCAGAAACUCUAGACAUUUUGAUACAAAUCUUCUCCAAUUACACAGCUUCUGUAUAAGCAAAGCAAUAACAUCAAGAGUUUUCUUUUGAUUGAUGAUUUGAUGCCUUCUCGACCCAUCUUUUUUGCCCGCCCGCCCACCCACCCACCCACCCACCCACAUACAUAGCUUUUCCCGUUGUAAAUGUCCAUGCCAUACAAAGACCUGAUUUCCGAAGCUGAUAUGGUAAACAGCAGCCUAGAAAAAGAGCAUUAUUCUUCAAAAGGUUGCUUCAGUAUAAAUCAGAUGAUUCAAUGUCUAUUCUUUUCCCCCGACCCGGUAUUCUUCUGUAAUUUUUGCCCGAUUGUAACAAACAUUUUUCUCAAAUACUGACACACAAUAGAGGGGAUCAAUUCUUAGAUAGAUUGAUAUAUAGUUCAACUAGCUUGCAGGUUUUUAAAUUCCUUCUGCUAAUGAUAGUGAUGUUAAGUUCCUAAACUGAUAUUUUCCCCUCUUCAUUGAUCGUUUAUUUUGAUUAUAA